GCGAAAUUUCCACUGAAUGUAAGAGUGCAGGAGUUUAAGCUUGCAUGAGACUUGUGCACACUACAUGCCAAUCUGUAGUACAAUCAGCUGUUCGAAUUUUGCCAAGAAAAACAGUUCAUCGUUGAUGGAAAAACACUUCGCUAGUCGGCCAUGUUUUGCAUAAUAUGAAUGAAGGUUUGCCAAUUUUUCGCUCGUUUGUGUUGUGAUCAAAAUUGAAGGGCUAAAACCAGUGGUGUGAAUAAUGCAUUGGAUCGUUAAUCUCGAAGGUGGACCUAGACGCGUAAAUCAUGCAUCUGUGGCGGUGGGAGAGUUUAUAUAUUCCUUUGGUGGAUACUGCACGGGGGAAGAUUACCAUUCAAACAGCGCCAUAGAUGUACACGUUCUUAACACGCACAACAUGCGCUGGUCCCCUAUCCCGGUGAUUGAGGAUGAGAAUGGUGUACCGUGUAAAUAUCCUGAGGUGCCGUUCCAGCGGUAUGGUCACACAGCAGUAGCUUUUGAACACAAAGUGUAUCUAUGGGGCGGCCGCAACGAUGAAAUCGUCUGCGACAUACUAUUUUGCUUUGACACGAGAACCAGAAAAUGGUCAAGACCCUCGGUGACUGGUACAGUACCUGGCGCCCGUGAUGGUCACUCUGCCUGUGUAUACGGGGAACGUAUGUACAUUUUUGGAGGCUUCGAAGAAAGCAUAGAUAAAUUUUCUUGUGAUGUCUAUUACCUCGAUUUGCGUUCAAUGCAUUGGACCUACGUUUAUGCGCUUGGGGAGCCUCCAUCUUAUAGGGACUUCCAUUCAGCUACUAUGGUCAACCAACGGAUGUACGUGUUCGGAGGAAGAAGUGAUGCUGUGGCCCCUUAUCACUCACAAGAAGAAAUAUACUGCCCAAAAAUAAAAUUUCUAGAUCUUAAAACGGACUGCUGGCACACGCCCAAAACUACUGGUGAAAUUCCAUUGGGUCGAAGAAGUCAUUCUGCAUUUACCUAUAGAAACAAAAUAUAUAUUUUUGCGGGAUACAACGGAAAUCUAGAUAAACAUUUCAAUGAUCUCUACUGUUUCGAUCCUGAUCGAAACGUUUGGCGAUUGUUAACUCCACUUGGUCCUGCACCACGUGCAAGAAGACGUCAGUCAUGCUUGGUAAUCGGCAAGAGAAUGUAUCUAUUUGGAGGAACAUGUCCAACGAUAAAUGCAGAUCCCUCGUCAUUCGACUACAGUGAUACGCAUGUUCUUGACUUUGAACCUAGUUUGUGCACGUUGGCCAUUAUAAAAAUUUUGGAAUACAAGCUGGACACUUCGAGUUUACCUCAUGAUAUCAGAAUUGAAAUACGAAAUAUGUCUACACCAAACAAAAUUGGUAGAUCAUUAAACAAAGGUUGAAUAGUAUAGUAGUAAAACAUUGUAACAAAAUUAGAACGUAAAGUUUUUGGUUGAUUUCUUUAAAACUUACCAUCGAGUCAUUAAUGAUUGUAAAGCAAGUAAAAGACACAUAACAAUUAAGUGAAUUUAUUUGAGAUCAAAUAUAUUUGUUGGACGUGUAAUUUUCAUUGGUUUGAAACCUAUCUGGACUGGCUAGACCAAAGCAAAACGAAUAUGUUUUUAGCGUGAUUAAUUUCGAAAACCCACUAGGUCGAGAAUUUAAGUGAU